UCUCCCUCCCCUGGCGGGUGGUGGGCUAGUGGUGGCGAAGCGGAGGCUGCUGCCGCGCCGUGACGCAGCCAGAGAGGCUGGGCCUUCCUGUUCUCUGCCGCUGGAUGGUGACAGCCCCGGGGAGGUAGCGAGCGCUGCUGGGGUUGUCGGUGGCUCCGGUCGCCUCGCUCGCCGCCAGGGCCCCGGGAGCAGUUGGCGUUGUGCUGGCCAUGGUCCCCCGCCCGCCGCAGGAGGAGCAGGAGCAGAAGCGGCGGCCGCAGCCGCCAUUGCGAGCUGGAGCUGCGGGAGUAUGAAGGAUGGAAGCGGACGAGGUGACAAUUCGUGAGCAGAACUUCCACAGCCAAGUGCGGGAGUACACGAUCUGUUUUCUCCUAUUUGCUGUUCUCUACAUAGUUUCCUAUUUUGUAAUCACAAGAUACAAAAGGAAAGCAGAUGAGCAGGAGGAUGAAGAUGCCAUUGUCAACAGAAUUUCGCUGUUUUUGAGUACCUUCACUCUUGCAGUUUCAGCUGGUGCCGUCCUGCUUCUACCUUUUUCAAUAAUCAGCAAUGAGAUCCUGCUUUCUUUUCCACAAAACUACUAUAUUCAGUGGUUAAAUGGCUCUCUAAUUCAUGGUUUGUGGAAUCUUGCUUCCCUUUUUUCCAAUCUUUGUUUAUUUGUGUUGAUGCCCUUUGCCUUCUUCUUUCUGGAAUCAGAAGGAUUUGCUGGCUUAAAAAAGGGGAUCAGAGCACGUAUUUUGGAAACACUUGUUAUGCUUAUUCUUCUUGGCCUGCUUAUCCUUGGAAUAGUGUGGGUGGCUUCAGCUCUCAUUGAUAAUGAUGCUACCAGUAUGGAGUCUUUGUAUGAUCUUUGGGAAUUCUACCUCCCUUAUUUAUAUUCCUGUAUAUCACUGAGUGGAUGUUUAUUACUUCUCUUAUGCACGCCGGUAGGGCUUUCACGAAUGUUUACAGUGAUGGGUCAGUUGCUGGUGAAGCCAACAAUCCUUGAAGACCUGGAUGAACAGAUAUACAUCAUCACCUUAGAGGAAGAAGCAAUCCAGAGGAGACUAAACGGUAUGUCUUCUACUAUGGAGUUCAAUACAGUGGAGCUGAGACAGGAACUUGAAAAUGUGAAGAGCAUGAAAACAAAAUUAGAGCGGAGAAAAAAAGCUUCUGCGUGGGAGAGGAAUUUAGUGUAUCCAGCUGUUAUGAUGCUGCUGCUCAUUGAGACGUCCAUCUCAGUUCUCUUAGUUGCCUGCAACAUUCUUUGCCUGUUGAUUGAUGAGACUGCAAUGCCAAAGGGAUCAGGGGGGCCUGGAAUAGGAAGUGCCUCCCUAUCCACUUUUGGUUUUGUGGGAGCAGCACUUGAAAUCAUUUUGAUUUUCUAUCUUAUGGUAUCCUCUGUCGUCGGCUUCUAUAGUCUUCGCUUUUUUGGAAAUUUCACUCCCAGGAAGGAUGACACAACUAUGACAAAGAUAAUUGGAAACUGUGUGUCAAUCUUAGUGCUCAGCUCUGCUUUGCCAGUGAUGUCAAGAACACUGGGAAUUACCAGAUUUGAUCUGCUUGGAGACUUUGGAAGGUUUAACUGGCUGGGAAAUUUCUACAUUGUGUUAUCUUACAAUUUGCUCUUUGCUAUCAUGACAACUCUGUGUCUGGUCAGAAAGUUCACCUCUGCUGUGCGAGAAGAGCUCUUCAAAGCAUUAGGUUUAGAUAAACUUCAUCUGUCGAACAAUGCAAGAGACUCUGAGACAGCAAAGCCUUCUGCAAAUGGGCAUCAGAAAACACUGUGAGAAGCAAUCAUCUUCAAUCAAUAACGCUGAAAACGUCAACCUCGUGACAUUCCUGUCAUCUUUAUAUUAAUUUCAUUUGUUAAUUUUGGGUCCAACCUUCUCUCACUUUUCACACUGUGUAUUUCUGAGAAACCAAGCUACUUCUGAUUCUACAAUUUCUGAUUUGUGUUGGUCCAUUUUGUGUACUCCGCAGUCAGUUUAUGCAGGAGGUGCCUUGAAGACUGGAAGCUGAGAAAAAUAACGAAUUCCUGGUUGGACAGAGUCUCAUGUUUCUAGAUAUGAUGCCCUACUACCGUGUUAAGUGCACAAUACCUCCUCUGUGAUAUAAAUACAAUGCUGGUGAACAACUCUGAGACUUGGAAAGAAAGGGUACAUUUGAAGCCCAAUAUAACCCUAAUUAGGAAUGUUUAGGUGUCUUUAACAGCAAGUCACACUUCUUUUCUACUAAGAAUUCAUUAAAAAAUUGAAGUAAUUUGGAGAGAUCACUCUUAGUUUCAUACAGGAUUCACUAGGCUGUAUGUAAUGUUUGGCAUCAUGAAGCACUCUUGCAGACCCAGUAUUGGAGGCUUUUCAAUGACAGAAGGUAAUUUUCUUCGCUGUUAAUCAGAAGGUGUCUCAUCAAGACUAAUGAACCACAAGAUAAAUUCUAACGUACUUCACUGUUAAAUCUGAGCCCAGUUUGCCUUGUAGAAAGCUAUGCAGGCCUCUUAUUGUUCUAAUUCAUACAGUACUAUCACUUACAGAAAGUGUUGUGCCAUAGAGGUCAGUUGCCCUUCAGAAUACAUGCACAUAAAAUUCUGUUAACUUUGUGUGUGUGUGUGUGCGCGCGCAUAUCAACACAAGUAGCACAGACUUUGUCUAGUCUCCAGUUGCACAGUUUCCUUCAAGGUUUUCUGAGUUAAGUCCUGAUGAUGAUAAUGCAGUAUAUUGUUUCUCAGUCUUGCAAGCCACUAUCUUUCAGUAAUCUCUUCAGUCUUUAGUUUCCCUCGUGUGUGUACAGACACACACACACACGAAUGUUUAUAACUCAGUGCAAGCUAUUAUUUUUCACCAAUCUCUUCAAGUCUUUAGUUUCUCCUAUAUACUAUAUAGUACUGUCUAUCUGUAUAGAUAAUACUAUAUAGUGUGUGUGUAGUAUAUUAUAGUAUACUAUAUAUGUUGAAUACUAAGCUUACAGAAAUGAUGCAGUCAGUUGGGUCAGCAAAACCUCCAGUUCAGUCUUUCUUAUGAGUAUGAAGCUUUCUGCGAUGUAACAUGAUUUAGCUGCUCUGAGCCCUUAAACCCAGAAUGGCAUUGAUGAGGAGAAAUUCAGUAUUUUCUUUAGCAUUGCUAUAGAAUCAGAAGUCCUGCAAGUAGUAUGUGACAAUCACAGGUUGCUGUUAAAAUGUGUGUACUUUUGCCUGUUGUCUAACACUGCUGCACUAACACUUGACUUGAAAAGAGGAACUAUAAAGACAGUAAUGAGGACCAUUGCCUGUAUGUGUGUGAUCUGUAGACAGAUCAGGCAAGGUUACCAAAACAUUUUUUGGUAAGUUUAAUGUUUCUUAUUUCGUAUUUAUGUAAAACUGAAAUAUGUCCAUUUGAGGUCUAAGCCCUUACACGCAAUCAAACCGUGAUAAUGGACUAAUAUCCAGUACGAUUCUGAAACAAGUUAGUCUCUUCUGAUGUCAGGUAUUUCUCAUCUAUUCUCUUCCUGAAUAAUGUCUGAGUUCUGGACCUAUGCUUAAUGAAAUCUGAGUGAGAUGGGAGUUUAGUGGAGUGCUUCAGAAGCAACUCCCAAGCAACAGCCACAAAAAUAAUGGUUUCCUGAAUUGGCCUUUUUGAAUGGAAAUUGGGCAUAAUAUAAAUACUACUGCAGUAAUUUCCAAGCUAUAUCUACUGUUUAUUAGGCUGGGUUUCGGAGAGAGUAAAAUUGCUAGUUUUCAUUGAGACUUACAGGCAUCUUUUCUGUUGUUUACAUUUAGUGUUGAGUUUUUGGACAGCAGAAAUUAUUUUUCUCUCCAUUUGAGGCAAAGUUCCAACCAAGAACAGAUAACUACUCCUAAAUUACUUAAAAAUAUGGAUUCACAUUAUAAACAUUAGAUGGUUUAUUAGUAAAGGCAAUGACUCCUUAUAUCUGUUGAGAGUGUAUGGGCUUCUGCAUUAGAAGUGUAAAGAAGGAUAAUAUAAUUAUCCACUAUUUAUCUUUGGAAAUGAUAAUAUGACUAUAAUUGUACCGUAUCCCCACUGGGAGUGUGGUAAACUGUGACAUAUGAUAGGGUUAGUUAAUUUUAUAAAACAUAUUCCAGUUUCCUGUUACAUUGUGACUUUAAGGUAGCUGCCUCAGUAAGAUUUUUUUGAUCAGAUCCCCUGAUGAAAUUGUCUGCAUAAAGAUCAAAAAGCAAAAACUUCUACUCAAGUUCUGGAUGAUAUCUGCCUUAAUUUUGAUCUUUGUCCUUCUCUCAGUAGGAGUCCACAGCAGAAACUGAUUUUUUUUUUUUGAUUUUUUUUUUGAGGGGGGUAUGUGUUCUGUCAAUCCAAGAAAAUAAAAAAAAAGUCAAACAAUUCCCCAUGCUUAUAUAUGAUUCCCCAGAAUGGAUUGUGUUUAGCAAGUAAGUUGUCUGGAGGCAAGUUCCAUUAGAUAGGUUCACAAAUAGUAAGAAUAUAAGUUAUAGUAUGUAGGCAAAAAAGAAGAAGAAGAAAGACUUGCAGUGUUUUCCCGCUUGUCUUAGUAUUUCUUUCCCUCCCAAAACAAACACUGCAGUAUUCUGACUGCACUCCUUUUACUGGGUUGUGCUUUGAAUCUUAGAGUCACAGAUAUGUAUUAGUUAAAAAGAGUACUUAAAUAAAGACACUGUUUACUGGAAAGAAGGCAAAAGUUUAGGUUAACUGUGGUUCUCACAGUGGAUUAAUCGUCAGAGAAAAUCCAACCUUUCUGUAUCUGCUGACAGUGUCUUAACGUCUACUUUUUGUAUUGUGACACUGUCUACAUUAAAUGUCCUUAAACUGACAUUCUAUAUGCAAACUUUUUACAGAUACAGUGCUACUUUCAAACGUAAAUAUAACACCGUGGUCAUGUAUUCACAGAAGGGUAAAUUCGUUUACACAGAAGCAAUGGAGAAGUCAUUAAUGGAUAUUGACAGUGCACUUCGUGUUUUGUCUCAUGUAGUCAGGUGCUCUGUACCUCUUGGUGACAUCAACAUCUGCCCCAUUUUUUGUGAGGCUAAAGCACAGAGAUGCUCCUAUCUGAUAAACAAGAUACAUUUUUGGUCUGUUUUAUGGUAUGAGAAUUAAGUGUCUUAAGUUAGCCACCUCUUGGCUUUCUCCUGUGUUAGUAGCACAAUAUUCCAUGCACAGUGGCAGAAUUGUUGUAAUAUGGUGGGAUUUUUAAGUGUAAGCACAUCUUCAGUAUAUACCUUUUAAGGUAAAAAUUAAACUGGUGAUGUUACUUUAGAAGUAACAAUUUUUGGAUUCAUAGGAAACUUUGUUUACAGAUUGUGAUGGUGUUUGUUGUUGGCCCUGUUUCUCCAAUAUCUUUUACACAGUUGACUGUUUUAGUGUCAUAGAUUAAAGAAUUUAACAAGAAAUUAUUUUGUGUUUUGGUUCAGAAGUACCAUAUUAAAGCUUUAAAAAUAUCACCAACCACCAUUCUCCAUGCUCCUAAGCCUAUUGUAAUCAUAUACAGCGUAGAGUGCCUCCUGUGUGCUCCAUGCUGUACAAACUAGAGAAGAGGUCCCUGCCCUGAAGAAUCUACAGUCUAAAUUAGACCCGGGUAAGGCAGUCCUUACUUACUGAACAUACAUCAUAGUACACAUGAGAAAUGGAUAGAAGGUCAAGUUUUCAAGAUGACAUUUUAUAUCAAAUAUGUGAUGGUCUGGAUGAGUCUCUGCCAUUGUUCACAUACGUUAGGUUGAUGUCUUCCCUAUGGUAUUGUGGGGGACCUAGAAUAAACCAUUUAGUCAUAAAAAGAACACUAGCCCUUCCUGUUCCAAAAGAAACAUAAGGAUUUAAGGCCACUUGCUCUCAGUCUGUACUAUUUUUUCCUUGAAUUUCAUAAGUAUAACACGAUACCCUUUAGCCCAAAUUGUCAAGAGUUUUGCAGAAAACAAAAGAUGUAUCUGUUCUCGGCAAUUCAGGCUUGUUGCUAUUGUGUUCUAAAUAGCCAUCUUAUUGCAAAGUAUUAAGCACAAAGAGUAUCACUGAAUCUUUUCUUGUGUCUUCAGAUGAAACUAGAGUAUGCUGUUUUUAAAACAUACAGUAAGUAGUGUAAUUCAUAUCAAGUGAUUUCAUGUGCAUAAUUAGGACCAAUACGGUUAAUAAAAAAAAAGAAAAGAAAAAUACUUCAUCUUGUUUGGAAAAACAAAGUCAAAAUAAGGUCUUACAGUCAUUGAUAAUGUUGAGGGAUAUUCUUGUCAAAAAAGCCAGCAUUUACAGAUACUAAAACAAAUGUGGCAUUAGCCUUAGAGUAGCAUGUAAAUCAGACUUCCACAGGUAUCGAAUAAGUGUGCAAAUAUACUGAUCGAAUGUGUCACUGGCAAAAAAGUGCUUUUUUAAGGUGCUGAUGUUCUCUUCAUAGAUAAAUAUUAAUUGAGAUACUUCAAGCUCUGCUUUUAAAUGCAUCACAUUCAGCAAGGAUGCACAGAGUAAACAGCUGAGAUCCAUAGCCCCGGAAUAUAUUGGCUUUCAGCAAAUUAUGAGAAACCCUCACCACAUCCACGUCUGCCCUCCCUUUUUUUUCUUAAAUAAAUCUCCAACUCCAGCAUAUAGGAAGUUGUUGAACUCCCUUUGUGUCAUAGUCUUUGGUUUGUCCUCCCCUGCCACACAACUCCAGACUUUGACUGAGGCUGAGGACUGGACACCCUGCAGUUACUAACAUAUCUGGAGGUUUUGAACUGUGGUCCAUGAGGGGCUGGCUUUUCUCAUGGUGCUGGCUAGUCACUUCUAGCUGCUGCACUUCAUUAAAAGACUACAAAUAUAUUAAAUGUUUUCCUACUAUAUUCCUCCACGUGAGCAACUGCAGCAUUUGCCUUUGGGAUGUUGUAUUAUGAAUAGGAGGGAUGCGGUCUGUGUAGUAGUAAAGAAGAGGGCACAUUGUCCAUGAGACAAUCUCUUACACCUUCCACAUUAUGAUUAAAAUUUGAGGACUCUGAUACACUUGUAGGAAAGUAUCCUGUGGCAAUACUGUCCCGUAGGGAGGUGGACUGGUACUGAGCCUGACCUUUUUGUAGGGCACCAAGCUAUAAAAUAGUGUAAACACUUUAACAGGGUUUUGGUACCUUCUCCAUUACCCGUUAUGACAAUGUGAAUGGUCUUUUUACCUCUUCCUGGUUGACCUCCAAAACAGAGUUUUCACAUAACAGAAGCCCACAUUUCCAUUAGGUACAUGGAACUUAUGAAUCAGAUGAUACUUUCUUCUGGAUUGGGCCCUGCAUUCUUAAAACUUAACAUUUUGACUCCCUUUUCCUUUUCAUGUACUUAAGUAUUUUCCGUCAUUCAGUGACUUCAAACUGUCAUCAAUAUGUACUUCAAACAUAAAGAUUUUCACCUUUGCCUGGCUAGACAAGCUGGGAAAUAAGAGAACAAGUGAAUCUAAACAGAACUGGGAUGUAUGAUGUAUAAUGGUACUAAUUAGCAAGGGCAUACUUUAGAGGGGGGAGUGGGGAGCAUUGCUCUCCUCCCCCAAACUGCAAGUUCCAGGCAGGUGCGGAAUUUCCCACACAUGAGGCCCCAUUGGCCUGACUGGAGCUGCUCCCCAAAUAUAAAGUCAAACUACACCUAUGUUAAUUAGCAGGAAGUCUAAACGUGAAAUCCAUUGUUUUCUAGAAUACUUUCCAAUCCUAUUAAAGAUUCUUGCUGUACUUUCUUUCACAGAUAAGUCUUCAGCUUUUAUUUUUGAUGAUUAAAUAGUACAUGUCAACCCAUGGCCCUUAACUUAUAAUAAACAGGUGUUCAAGUUAAACAGAAUUGCAGAAAAUGUCACAAAAUAACACUCUACUUAUGGUUGCAAGGCAUUUUACAGGAGAACAGUGGCUUUGGUUUCAAUUACAGUAACCUAUGAAUUGUAAGGACAGCUGCAUGUUUUAGUAGCAGAGGUUUUUUUGUUUGUUUUUUAAUUAAAAAUAGGAAAGGUGAAAUAGGAUCUUAAAUUCUGUAUAGCCUUUGCUUGCCUAAUUCAUUGUUCAUUCAUGGACUUUUCCUAAUAGCCACUUAGCCACUUUGAUUAAUAAUUCAGAUUUAUAUUUGUUAGCUUUAAAUUUGAGACCAAAAAUGUCUCUGAUUGUUUCAACUAUACUACAGGUUGAUUCCAGUUGGGCAAAAUGGCUGCAGCGUAAUAAAAGAGAAAUCCUUUAACAAAUGUAAUAUCAGUUAAUGCUGAUGAUCUCAGCCCAACAUACUUGGACCCAGAGCAAUCUAAAAGUUGUAUUUGAUCAAAAUUGAAACUUUGUUAUGAAACCCAAUUUUUGAAAACGGUUCAGAUGUCUACAGAGAAGUUUGUAAAAUCUGUGUGCAUCUAUAUCAAAUGUCUUUAAAUAAUACAUAAUUAUGUGUAUUUCUAGAUAUUUCUACCAAUCAUCUCAACAUGCUGCUCUUCUAUUUCUUUCAUUAAAUAUAAUUUGUACACAAAGUAACUUAAAGGUAAUUAUAAGGUUUCCUUCAUGAUUAAGACUCUAGCCUGCAUACCCGAGGCACUCAUCACUUCCGUUUGCUUCAAGGAAUGAAAGCUCAGGACAUCAGCUUUGCAUUUUAUUUAAUACCCAUCUGCUCCCCCUACUAGUCUCAUAUGAGGUUUCUUAGCACAAGUAUUUAUAUUAUGGAAAUACCAAUACUCUCUGGUCGUUCAGUGUCACCACAGAAUUCCGUUAAAAUAAAGAUUGGUCACGUAAUAUGCCCUUUUUUAAUGAAUAUGCCUCACCUGACUGGAGAUAAAAAAUGAAUCUGUUGGUGCAUCAAUAUAUAGCAGCUCUUUACAGUUGUGAUUACCAAGCCAAACAUAUAUACCCAAGGCUCAGCACUCUUAUAACGUUGUUGAGACACGUUCUGAGGAGGGUUAGAUGACAUGGUCAUAGAAAUACCACCUUUUCUGCAUUACAGACCAUAUAUACGCACUGAUGGUAGUGCAAUGGCAGAUUAAAAAAAGUCUAAUACAGGUUCAGCUAAUUAGUGGGCAUUUUUCCUCAUACAGGUUCAGGCUCUUUCAUUCCAAUAUUACCAGUUUAGGUCCGUCUUUGCAGAAACGUAGUUAAAAAAGUUUUUAGUUAUGUGGGCAUUCUUGUAUCUUGAAAGCAAAAUAUGGCUGAAAAAUGUGUUUAGCACUAAAGUAAUUGUUACCAAUCUGUAGCAGACUUAUCCUCCCCAUCCAAUCCUUGAGGUUAAUAUAAUUUAGGUCAUCUGAAAACAUGUGCUUUAUAAAAUUUUCAAUUGUGGUAACCUUGCAAUGUUACAAAACUAUAUGAAAACAACUGCCUUUUUAGAUGAUUUGAAUUUCACAGUGCAGUAGUGAAAAGGAGUAGAUUUGGUAUCUUUUUGUUUUAUUUGAAAUGUCACAAUUUGUGUGUUUUUAGCAAGAUCUUUUUAAAUUCUGUUUUCAAUAAAGUUAAACUGUGAUUGAUUUACAAUGUGCUUUUUUGUCAACCUUUGUAUUAAAAAAUAAACAAUGGACUUUUGA